AUGACUAGAAGACAACUGCAUGAUCUAGUCAGAGAAAGCACAAAGCGACUGUUUGAUGAAAAACUGAUAGAUUUAGAAGACAAAUUAGUUACCAUUACAAAGUGUCCGCCUGAGAAAAUCGAUGUACUUCAAGAUACCAUCAAGAAUUUUAAAACUGUUUAUAAGCGUAAAUGGCUCUCGUGCAAUAGUACAGAAAGUCGUUUCUUGGAAAAGAAUCAAGAAUGGCUAAAUGAAGAAAUUUCAUUUCCUGUCGCCUCAGUUGCUUCCAGUUCCAAAGGUCGACCAAAUAAAGAAUUUGGAGAAUUAAGUGACCGAUCAAAGCGGCGUAAUACACUGGAGCUUAGAAUGAAUGUCCCUCUUGAUAAGUUGACAUACGCUACACAGAUGAGUCAGCGAGCUGCAGGUAAUAUUGACGCAGCAAAAAUAAUUAAAGAUGUCACUAAAUCUGCAACUAGUGCAGCAAAAUUUCGUAAACUAGCAGUUCUUGGUAGUCAAAAAACUACUACGAAGAAACACUCGCCAGAAGAGGCUUUGGCAGUACUCGUCGAAGCUUAUUUGACCAUGAGUCAGUACGAGGUGAUUCGGCAAGCCAACAAAGAUGUAUAUCCAUGUUAUAAAUACGUGCAAAAUGCUAAACAGGAUUGUUACCCACCAAAAAAUAAUGGCGAAACUUUUGCUAAAGUGAAAUUGCAAGAUUUGGUCGAUCAUACAACUUGGCGGCUUUGUAGAUAUUUGGAACCAGUUCUGGAAAAUAUCCAAAGUGAAAAUAAAGAAUUUGUGCUUAUAUUUAAGUGGGGUUGUGAUGGGUCCAAGCAAUGUGAAUAUAAGCAAAAAUUUGAAGAUGAGAGCGACAGUGAUGCUAACAUUUUUCUAAGUUCCCUUGUACCAGUUAGACUACUGUGUGGAAAACAAAAUAUAUGGCAAAACCCUAAUCCAUCAUCACCUAGAUUUUGCAGGCCUAUCAGAAUGAGAUUUGUCAAAGAAAAUAAAGACAUCACUAAUGAGGAGAUUGAAUACGUGGAAAAGCAGGCCAGAAAUCUGCAAGCGACAAAGUUGAAAGAAAAUAUUGAAAUUAGACAUAAAUUACUGCCAACAAUGGUAGAUGGGAAAGUAUGCAAUGCUGCCACUAACACUACUUCGACUAUGCGCUGUUACAUAUGUGGUAAAACAUCAAAAAACUUUAAUGACUUGACAAAGGAGAGCCCAGAAAAACAUGAAACACUUCAGUUUGGGUUGUCAAUAUUACACGCAAGAAUUAGAUUUUUUGAGUAUCUACUACAUUUGUCAUACAAAGUAAAGGCAGGAGUACGUGAAAGUCGCGUUACAAUAAAAACUGACAAAGAGAAAAUUCAAACUGCAAAACAAAACAUGCAAAAAGAAUUCCGCCAGAAAAUGGGAUUGCUGGUGGACAUCCCGAAAGCUGGAUAUGGCAAUACCAAUGACGGAAACACGUCACGUAGAUUUUUCAACAAUGUAGAAGAAGCAGCUGCUAUCACAGGAAUAGACUUCGAACUGAUAAACAGAUUUAAAAUAAUAUUAGAAGUGUUAUCUUCUGGUUUCAAAAUAGACGUGGAAAAAUUCUCUAUGUACACUAUGGAUACGGCGAAGCUCUAUGUAAAUUUAUAUCCUUGGCAGCCUAUGUCACCAACCAUACAUACAAUUUUAACACACUCAGCCAGUGUUAUAGCACAUGCUUUAUUACCAAUCGGUCAGUUGUCGGAAGAAGCUGCGGAAGCCAGGAAUAAGCAUUUCCGCCAGUACCGGGAAAGCUUCUCGCAAAAAUUUUCCAGAAAAGAAUGUAAUGAAGAUGUUCUAAAUCGGCUUUUGUUGACCUCAGACCCCUACUUAAGUAGCAUAAAGCCUAAAACUAGUAGAAAAAAACAGUCAUUCACAAAAGAAGCACUGGAGCUUUUACAACCAGAACCAGAUCUUGACUCCAGUGAUGAAAGUGACACAGAAUAG